AUGCUGGUGGAGUUUGGUGUUAACAAUAGUAGGUCGAAGACACAAGCUCGAUAUGCUAUUAUUACCUCCUCUCAGGAUGACCUUCUGCUGAUCAGCUCAUUAAUUUACUACAGCACGACAAGACCACAAGUUCGCUUUGGCAGCUUUUACAUCAACAAAGUAAUGCCCCCAAUGACCGCCUCUGAUCGCUCAGAGAAGAAGAGCGUCGCAGGCCCGAUUUCUCGACUAGUCAUACGUACCCUACAAUGUAUAUUCGCCAUUGUUGUGGCGGUCUUGUACGGCCUCGAUCUCCAACAUGCGACAGAUCACAAUGUUAGAGCUGGCUCAGCUUGGAUCUAUGCUGAGCUUGUGGCCGGGGUAUCCAUGAUUAUUUGCAUUGUGGACUUGCUUUUCACGACUGCUGGCUGGUACUGGUGUCUGCUCGAUGGUCUUGUCUUUGUGCUAUGGGUUGCGCAGUUUGGGACAUUUGCCUCAAUUUACCUGGGCACAGGAGACCCAGUAAAGGACCGAGAAUUUGAAAGAUUAGUGUCUGGUGGUAGGAUGCGGGCAGCUGUAUGGAUUAAUCUUGGUGUUGUGGUCAUCGGAGGAAGCCACAACAAAAGGUAG